UUUGAUUUUGAAUAUACCCCUUUCUACCCAGCUUCAAAUAAUACGCAAAAAGACAUUUGUAACAUUUGUUGUGCUUGUUGGGUUCCGAAAUUUGGCAGCAGAGAGUUUCUCCCUUAGUUACCCUAUCUUCUUCUUCUUCCACAAAGUUGAUCGCCUCCUCUCUUUCCCUUCCCUUCCCUUCUUCUUCAAACUAGUUUCUCAAACACGGCAAGUAGACAGGGUUUCGCUUCUUUCGUUUGUCAUCUUCGAUUUUUCAUCUUCUCUCAUAGGAAGUUGGCAGUUAAGUCUGCAUCUUUUGCAUUUUUGUAAUCCCAUUUUAAUGGCGACCAUAUCUCUCUCGAACCACUCUCUAUUGGCACCUCUUUCUUCUGCCUCUUUGAUCUCCUUAAACCCCAAGCCUUUCAAAGCCCUACCCCUUACUCCUACCACUCUUUGUUUUCGUGCUCCUCGCCUUCACCUACGCAAUUCAAUUCCAGGUUCCUCUUGCAUCCUCAGCUCUUCAGCAGUGCACAAGACCACCCGCUCGCAAUUCCGACAUCUUCUUGCUGCCCGGGACUAUGCUUCGCCGACAGAGAGUAAUCGGAUAGAAAAUGAAGCAGAUCAGCAUCAAGAAUUCAGUUUGAAAUCCCUCAUUAAAGUUUACAAGGAAGCUAUACUCGUAGGAGAUGUACAAGCUGUAUCUGACAUUGAGGCUACAGUAGAUAUGAUUGGAAAUAACAUGGACAAAUUGGUUCAGCAAGUUUCAACUUUGACAGCUGAGAUAAAGUGUGGGAAGGAAAAAUUUAUUCGUUUACAAGCAGAUUUUGAUAAUUUUAGGAAACGAAUCGAGAAAGACAGACAUACCGUAAGGACUGAUGCUCAAGGAGAGGUAAUUGAGAGUCUCUUGGCCAUGGUGGACAAUUUUGACAGAGCCAAACAACAAAUUAAACCUGAAACAGAAAUGGAGAAAAAGAUUGAUGCUAGUUAUCAGGGUAUUUACAAACAAUUUGUGGAGAUAAUGAGGAGCUUGCAUGUAGCUGUUAUUCCGACAGUGGGAAAGCCUUUUGAUCCUGCGUUGCAUGAAGCCAUUGCACGUGAAGAGUCUCAACAGUUCAAGGAAGGGAUAAUAAUUCAAGAAUUUCGACGUGGUUUUCUGCUUGGGGAUCGGCUUCUAAGACCAGCAACAGUAAAAGUUUCAUCGGGUCUUAGCAGAAAAACAGGCACGACAGCCACUUCCAAAACAUCAGGGAUGCCUGCAACAACAGCCGGAAUAGAUGAACGAUAGAAAUUCUGUCAAUCUUGAGCUCCCCUGGCAGGCAGCCCUGGUAUUUUCUUGCCGCUGAAUGUUGUUGAAUUCAACUUUAUUCUCCCUUUCAGCCAGGCUAAAUCUUUACAAGAGAUAUUCAUUUCACAUCCACCUAAAUCUGCUGAUGGCUAAUUGCUAAUUGCUAUACUACUGUUUCCAAAGGAAGCCAGAGAGAAUUAUAACUUGAAACCAUUCAUGUUCUGCCUAAUUAGGUCUUUAUACGAUGUAAGGUCUUCAUCGUUUCUUA